AUGGCUGGCACAAGGUCCUCACGGCGGCAGCAGAGCCGCCUCACGUUCACACCACUUCCAUCCUCAAGCCCCGCCGCGAAGGGCUACAACGCCCAGAUCCAAAGCCGCGCUGCCGCAGUAUCUAUCGACAGCCCUGCAAAGAGGCGCAAAAUAUCAAACAACAGCAACGCGAGCGCAAACAUUCCAACUCCAGCCGCAUCACAUGAAGAGGAAGAUGGAGGUAGCGAAAGUGAACCCGUGCGGUCAACGCAGCGGAAGAGCGUGCAGCAGGCGACCAAGAAGCGGUCCAGGGCUACGCAGAAGCCGCUAGACUUCUCCAGCUCACGGGAUCCUGAAUCGUUCAGCUCACCUGUGCGACUAGCUUCGUCACCUUCGAGGCCUCAGUCUUCUGCCCAGGCUGGCAUGUUCACUUCUCAGCGGAGCCGCCGGCCAGUGGUGGAUGUCUCAAGCGAGGAGUCGGACGAAGAGCUUCCGUCAGUGUCUCAGCUUGCCACGCGAAAGAAACGCAGUCAGCAGUCGAAGGGCAAAAGCGGGAGCAGGAGAACAAGAAGCACACAACCACCAGUCGCGAUCAACGACUCAAGCGAUGACGACGUAGUGGUCACACACCAGCGAUCGGACCCUAUCAACAUCGAAAGUGACGAAGAGGACGAGGAAGACGAAAUGCCGACGACCACAGGCACACAACGACGCAAGCGGCAACGUCGCGGCUCGCACAACAGCUUCAUUAGCUCUUCGCCGCCACGCAUGGCCAGCAGUGACAGCGAUAGCGACAUUGAGAUCAUCGAGCGGCCGAGGAAGCGAGCCCGAGCAGCUAGUGAAGAUGACGAGGACGAGCCCACCACACCUCGACGAAAGAUGCUUUCACAACAGGAGAAGGAGGAGCUAGCAGAAGACAUCGACUUUUUAAAAGACAGUGGUGAAGAUGACGCGCCGCGUGGUUCCCGAGCGACCCAGAGUGGACCGAAGAACGCGAGGAUGACAGCGCUCGAACAGCUACGUCGUAAGAGAGCCGGUGCGCCUGCAACCGCCGAAGAGGAUGGGGAGGAAGGAGAAGACAAAGAACAGCCUGAAGAGUCGCGUGCUGGCAGCUUGGAGGAGGAGAACGACGACGCUGACGCUGGACCCAUGAGCAGCGCGCGCUUCUUCCGCGAGGACGAGUACGAUGCUGAGUUCGUGGAGGAGGGAGACGAGGAUGAGCCUCUCGGUAUUCCGAGCCUCCCGAUCAAAUACUCGAGAUAUGCAAAGAUGCGGCCUAAGGAGUUAUUCGAAUUCGCUGUCGAAUGGAUGGUUCAGAAGAAGAUCAACCCGGCCUUUGACUCGACUGACGAAGUCUACGAACUCACCUUCCGCAAGCUCAACGAUGAGACCAAAGGCCUGGUGAAGUCAAAGUUUGUUUCCAGCGUCUGGACACAAGAGUUCGCAAUCGCCCUGCAAGCCAGGCCGGACUUUGCAGAGCAGGCGAUUCCGGCAGAGCAAGAUACCUGUGACGCAUGCAACCGUACUGGACAUCCGGCUACGUUUGAGAUGCAGUUUCAAGGCAAGCCGUAUCACCCAGAGACUUUGGAAGAGGUAGACGGGAACGAUGCAGAGGAUGAAGACGACGAUGACGUAGAUGCAGGCGACCGACCUGGCCGAGAUGCUGACGGUAGGGUCGUCGAGCCUGAGAACCGCAUCUUCCGCGUUGGGAAGUUCUGCAGGAUCAACGCUAUUACUGCCCAUCCAUUGCAGCACUGGCGCCACCAUCUGAACGAAGUUGUUGUUGAGUGGUUGGUUAAUCAUGGGUACAACACUCCGCAGAGGAUUGUCGAGAGGGACGGUUGGAGCAUUGCGAAGAGGGGCCAGCUCGCGCAGCAGAUCACCGACCGCAUGAAGACGGAGGGCGUGAUCAAGGAGCUUUGGAAGACGUUCAGCCGUAAUGUUGAUGAUGCGCGGAAUGCGAAGCAGGGCGGAAGGGCGAGAUUCUAG